AUGGCAUUUAGGAGCUCUUGCUAUUUUGAUCUCGGAGGAGGUGGUGGUCGAGGAACAGGAGGAGGAAGAGCUUGUUGCGCCUCCGCCUCUCGAGUUUCCGCUUGUGGUUCAAGUGGAGAGGUAAGAGUUUGUAUUGAUUAUAGAGACCUUAAUAAAGCCAGUCCUAAAGAUGAUUUCCCUCUACCAAACAUUCACAUUCUCUUAGACAAUACUGCCGGACAUGAGAUUGAAACCUUUUGCGAUUGUUUUGCUGGCUACCACCAAAUUUUAAUGGCAGAGGAGGAUAGGGAGAAAACGGCUUUCAUUACCCCUUGGGGUACCUUUUGCUACCGAGUCAUGCCUUUCGGUUUAAAGAAUGCUGGAGCAACAUAUCAGAGGACCAUGACAACCCUAUUUCAUGAUAUGAUCCACCGGGAGAUGGAGGUCUACGUGGAUGAUAUUAUAAUCAAGUCUAAAAGGGCAGAGGACCACUUGGUUGAUCUGAAGAAAUUAUUCGAGAGGUUACGGAAGUACAAUUUGAAGCUAAAUCCUGCAAAAUGCGCCUUUGGAGCACCUGCGGGUAAGCUGUUGGGAUUCAUUGUUAGCAAGAAGGGCAUAGAAAUAGAUCCGGCAAAAAUCAAAGCAAUUCGAGAUAUGCCAGUGCCGAAAACUCAGAAGGACGUGAAAAGCUUCUUAGGGAAGAUCAAUUUCAUUGGGAGGUUCAUCGGCCAGCUAACUGCCACAUGCGAGCCGUUGUUCAAAUUAUUGAGAAAGAAUGUGCCGUUGUAUUGGAAUGAGGAGUGUCAACAGGCUUUCGACAAGAUUAAAGAUUAUUUGUUGCAUCCACCAGUUUUAGUGCCGCCCAAACCGGGCCGACCUUUGAUUAUGUAUUUAUCUGUACUCGAUGGAGCAGUAGGGUGUGUUCUAGGUCAGCACGAUGAAUCCGGAAGGAAAGAACAAGCCAUUUACUAUCUAAGCAAAAAGUUCACGCAGUACGAGGCUAAUUAUUCAUUCGUUGAGAAAAGCUGCUGUGCAUUGGCCUGGGCAGCCCAGAAGUUGAGACACUAUUUGUUGAGUCAUACCACGUAUCUUAUUUCCCGGUCUGAUCCUUUGAAGUAUCUUUUGGAGAAGCCGAUGCUGACUGGGCGUUUGGCGAAAUGGCAAAUAAUUCUAUCAGAGUUCGACAUUGUUUUCACUUCACGAAAGGCGGUCAAGGGGCAAGCUAUAGCUGAUCAUUUGGCGGAAAAUCCAAGGGAUGAUGAUUAUCAACCACUCCGUACUUAUUUCCCCGACGAGAGGGUCCUAUUUGUAAGCGCUGCAGAUGAUAUAAGUGAACAAAGUCCUGAAUGGAGGCUUUUCUUCGAUGGAGCUUCGAAUUCCCUCGGAGUUGGAAUUGGAGCUGUUUUGGUGUCACCCGAAGGGAAGCACUACCCUGCCGCUGCCAAAUUGCAAUUCGCUUGCACGAAUAACAUGGCUGAAUAUGAAGCUUGCAUUUUUGGUCUCAAAAUGGCUUUGGAAAUGGAAAUCAAGGAGUUGAUAGCUUUUAGUGAUUCAGAUUUGCUCGUGAACCAAACUUUGAAGCAAUGGAUAACCAAAGAUUCAAAAAUUCUACCCUACCAUUGUAGUCUGCUUACUCUGGCCAAGCAAUUUCAAAAUUUGGAAUUCAGACAUCUCCCUCGAGCCCGAAACGCAUUUGCCGAUGCUUUGGCCACUUUAGCUUCCAUGAUCCAGUAUCCAGAUGAAUUAAAGAUCGAACCAAUCCAAGUUCAACUUCAAGACAAGCCUGCCCACUGCUGGGUUGCAAAUGAGUCUUUUGACAAUGUUCCUUGGUAUAGUGAUCUUAAGGAGUUUCUUAAAACUGGGUCUUACCCUCUGCAUGCUGGUACAAAAGACAAGAAUUUUCUGCGUAGAAUGGCUUCCAAAUUUUUCUUAAAUGGAGAAGUGUUAUACAAAAGAACCUCGGAUUUGAACCUUUUAAGGUGCAUUGAUGAGGAUGAGGCUCAAUAUAUGAUGAAAGAAGUGCAUAGUGGCGUUUGUGGACCUCACAUGAAUGGCCAUUUGCUAGCAAAGAAAAUCAUGAGAACCGGAUACUUCUGGCUUACUAUGGAGCAUGAUUGUAUAGACUUUGUCCGGAGAUGUAUAAAAUGCCAAAUGCACGGUGACAUUAUACGCGCUCCACCCACUGAGUUGCAUAGCAUGACCGCCCCGUGGCCUUGUUCAAUGUGGGGUAUGGACAUGAUUGGUACAAUCGAUCCUCCUGCUUCAAAUGGACAUCGAUUUAUAUUGGUGGCAAUUGAGUACUUUACCAAAUGGGUUGAAGCAGAGUCAUUCAAACAUGUCACGAAGAAGGUAGUAGCCAAUUUCUUGAGAGAUCACAUCGUCUGUCGCUUUGGGGUACCCGAAACGCUUAUCACAGACAAUGCCAAGAAUCUGAACAAUGACAUGGUAGAUGGACUAUGCGAGCAGUUCAAAAUCAAACACCGCAAUUCUGCCAUUUAUAGGCCUCAGAUGAAUGGAGCUGUAGAAGCCGCAAAUAAGAAUUUGAAGAAGAUUAUCCGCAAAAUGACAGAAAAGCAUCGCGAUUGGCAUGAAAAGUUGCCUUAUGCACUCAUGGCGUACCGGACUUCUAUUCGGACAUCGACUGGGGCAACGCCAUAUUUACUUAUGUAUGGGAUGGAAGCUGUAUUACCAGUUGAGGUUGAAAUUCCGUCACUACGAAUCCUUAUGGAAGCUAAAUUGGAGGAGGCCGAUUGGAUCAAGCAGCGCCAUGAGCAAUUGACCUUGAUAGAUGAGAAGCGAUUCAAUGCUAUCUGUCAUGGGCAAUGCUAUCAAAAACGUGUGGCCCGAGCUUACAACAAAAAAGUUCAUCGGCGGGCAUUUGAAGAAGGUGAUAAGGUACUGAAGCGAAUUUUGUCAAUGCAAGAUGAAGCUAAAGGCAAGUUCGCUCCAAAUUGGCAAGGGCCGUUCAUUGUCCAAAAGGUAUUACCUGGCGGAGCCCUUAUUUUAGCAGAAAUGGAUGGACGAGCAUUCCCUCAACCCAUCAACUCAGAUAUGUGCAAAAAGUUUUUCAUUUGA